AUGGAGACAACUCAGAAGAGCCAUGAGGCUGAGUCCAGUGCCCUGAUCUCUCUGAGUCUCUUACCGGGGGUGGACCCAGGACACCUGUCCCAGCAACCGCAAAUCACCAGUUCACAGGACCGGGAGCCUCUUGGGUCUUGCAGCCUCUCGGAGGUGGGCCCAGAGUUCCUGCCUUUCUUUCACACUCAUGAGCAGCCCCUGGACGUGGAGGAACUGGCCCAGCAGUGUGAAGUUUGCGCUGGACACAAAGAUGGCUGGAGCCCCAGAGAGGGUCUGUUCCUCGGGGAGUCGGCGCCACCCAGUGGCUUCUUCCCGUACUACCGCUCUCCAGAAGAGCAUCUCCCCAGCACCACCCCUCAAGGCUGUUGGUGUUUGGGCACCAGAGACCUCUUUCCCACAGCACAGGAUGGCUGCUGCAAGGUGACAGUCAGGGAUGGAUGCCCUUCUGCCUUGGCAGGGCCAGACCUCCUCUCUGGGUUUUUACCCUUACCAGCCUGCUGCCACUUCCUGGGAGGGUUCGUGUGUGACGGCAACCAGGAUCUGCCUCUCUCCAGAGACCAAGCUCUCGGUGAUUCAGGAUUUGUACCAUAUUACAGAAGCCCUGAAGAAAACCUUUGCACCAGCCUGGAGCCUCCUUCCCCAGUGCUAGGGGGCUCGAGGGAGUGA